AUGCUCACCAAGGGGACACUGAAGGAGAUGGGAGGGAAGUUCACCACAACUCCGGUGACACAGUUUGUGUACGAGGCAGGGCAGACAGCGUCGGGGCAUGGAGUGCAACUGGCCUUCCAGGUCAACUUCACCUUCACGCUCUCGCCCCGGUCGGGCCGCACGUGUGGCGGAGGAUUUGCCUUUGUCAUCUCGGCAACGGAUAAGCUGGGGAGUGGAUCCAGUGCUAGGUCGGUAGCUGCUGUGAAGGCACCAUUUUCUUUGAACAACAAGAAGCCGUACACGGCAGGGGUGGACUACGAUCCUAGGGAUCCCGGCACCAUCCAUGUGUUCCUGGCUGCUACGGAGGUGAAGCCAGAGCUGCCGCUGCUGGAGAGGAGGCUGGCUCUGUGUGAGGUGCUGCAGGCUCGAGCGGAGUAG